AUGCGCCCCCCGCGCGCCGCCGCCUCCCCGGUGCCUCUGAGCCUCCUGCUGUUUCUGCUUCUGCCGCUGCUGCCGACGCCGUCGGGCAGCCCUGAGCCCCCCAAGGUCAAGAAGGCGCAGAUCCGGCAGAGGGAGGUGGUGGACCUGUAUAAUGGAAUGUGCUUGCAAGGACCUGCAGGGGUGCCUGGGCGAGAUGGGAACCCGGGGGCCAAUGGCAUUCCUGGCACUCCUGGGAUUCCUGGACGAGAUGGACUCAAAGGGGAAAAGGGAGAAUGCCUGAGGGAGACCUUUGAGGAGUCCUGGACACCCAACUACAAGCAGUGUUCUUGGAAUUCACUGAAUUAUGGCAUAGAUCUUGGAAAAAUUGCAGAAUGCACGUUUACAAAGAUGCGCUCGAACAGUGCUCUCAGAGUUUUAUUUAGUGGCUCGCUUCGGCUAAAAUGCAGGAACGCGUGCUGCCAGCGCUGGUACUUCACCUUCAAUGGAGCCGAGUGUUCAGGACCUCUUCCCAUUGAAGCCAUCAUUUAUUUGGACCAAGGAAGCCCGGAACUGAAUUCAACAAUUAAUAUUCAUCGUACCUCUUCUGUGGAAGGACUUUGCGAAGGCAUUGGUGCUGGAUUAGUGGAUGUUGCUAUUUGGGUUGGUACAUGUUCCGAUUACCCAAAAGGAGAUGCCUCUACUGGAUGGAAUUCAGUGUCUCGUAUUAUUAUCGAAGAACUGCCAAAAUAA